AUGGGUACCAGCGAUGUCCGUCUUGACCCUGUCUUGAACAAGGAGCUCUGGAAGAGAGGUAUCAAGGGCAUUCCAUACAGAAUUAGAGUGCGCAUCUCCAGAAAGAGAAACGAUGAGAAGGAUGCCAAGGAGAAGUUGUUCUCUUAUGUUCAAGCUGUCAACGUCGCUUCUCCCAAGGGUCUUGAGACUACUGUUGUUGAGGCUGAUGCUUAA